ACAGCUACAGGGCUGCACAACUCUAAUAAGGUUGGCAACAAUGCUCUAGAUUGGCAAAUUCUAAACUCGCGUAUGUUGUAUUGAUUUGUGUGUUCGUGUGUUCUUGGGCCUCAGAGAUUACAACUUGUACCUAUUGUCUAGUGCCACUGCCAGACAGCAGCGAGCGUAAUGAGCAAUUACCGGGGUAUCGGGGGCGGCGGCUUCCCAUACAAAAAGCAACCAAGCGGUGGCAACAACAUGAGCGCUGUGCCGCCGCCGCCGGCUUUAAGCAGCAAUCGAGGCGGAGGAUUUGGCUUCAGCAUUGGCCGUGGACGAGGCCGGGGCCUCCAGGCUGCUACAACAGCAACUGGCCCAACAGCAGCCAGCAGCGGCAGCACCUCAAAGCAUGGCUAUUCUACGCUGGAGUCCAUCAGUCAGUACACAAACUCCACGAAUUUUGUGGGCAAACGCAAGCAACACAUGGACGACGAUUACUUCGACGACGACGAUGAGCCAGCCACGCAGCAACAACAGCCGGAGCAGGCUUAUAUACCAGCACCUGGCUCACCAGGUGCCUCGCCAGGCGGCAACAAUAACAAAGCGGACUCCGAUUCAGAUGAGGAUCCGCUGGAACAGUUUAUGGCCGGCAUCAAUAAGCAAGUGGAAAAAGAGAAGGUGCGGGCGGCCGCCAGUGCGUCAGACACACAGCUGAAGGCGUCGUCGGCAGCGGUGCUCGAGAAGAAGGGCGUGCGUGGCGACAUCGAUGACGAGGACGAUGAGGAGAGCUACUAUCGCUACAUGGAAGAGAACCCAAAUGCGGGACUGCGCGACGAGGGAUCCGAUCAGGAGAUCGACUACGAUGAGGAUGGCAAUCCGAUAGCGCCGCCCAAGAAAAAGGAUAUCGAUCCCUUGCCUCCCAUUUAUCACUCCGAGAUCGAGUACGAACCCUUCGAGCGCAACUUCUAUACGCCGCACGAGGACAUUGCCCAGCUGGAUGAGGAGCAGGUGCGCGAACUCCGUCGCACGCUGGGCGUCAAGGUGAGCGGCGCUGCGCCUCCGCAUCCGGUGAGCUCCUUUGGCCAUUUUGGUUUCGAUGAGCCGCUGCUGAAGUCGGUGCGGAAGGCGGAAUAUACGCAGCCGACGCCCAUUCAGGCGCAGGCGGUGCCAGCGGCGCUGUCGGGACGCGACAUCAUUGGCAUUGCCAAGACGGGAUCGGGCAAGACGGCUGCAUUCAUUUGGCCACUGCUGACGCAUCUAAUGGAUCAGCGGGAACUGCGUACGGGUGAUGGACCCAUUGGUUUGAUUCUAGCGCCAACGCGCGAACUCUCGCUGCAGAUCUACAACGAGGCUAAGAAGUUCGGCAAGGUGUACAACAUCAAUGUGGUAUGCUGCUAUGGCGGUGGAUCCAAAUGGGAGCAGAGCAAGGCACUGGAGCAGGGCUGUGAGAUUGUCGUUGCGACGCCGGGACGCAUGAUCGAUAUGGUCAAGAUGAAGGCCACCAAUUUGCGGCGAGUCACAUUUCUGGUGCUCGACGAAGCCGAUCGCAUGUUUCACAUGGGUUUUGAACCCCAAGUGCGCUCCAUUUGCAAUCAUGUGCGUCCUGAUCGCCAGACGCUGCUCUUCUCCGCCACGUUUAAAAAACGCAUUGAACGUCUCGCCAGGGAUAUAUUGACCGAUCCGGUGCGCAUCGUGCAGGGCGAUUUGAAUGAGGCGAAUCAGGAUAUUACACAGCAUGUGUAUGUGUUUCCCAAUCCGUUACAGAAAUGGAACUGGCUGCUCUGCCAUCUCGUCAAGUUCCUCUCCGAGGGUGCGGUACUCGUGUUUGUCACGAAGAAAGCCGACGCCGAGACGGUGGCCAAUAAUCUGCUCGUUAAGGAGUACAAUUGUCUGUUGUUGCAUGGCGACAUGGAUCAAGCGGAUCGUAACAAGGUCAUUAUGCAGUUCAAGCGCAAGGAAUGCGACAUCCUGGUGGCCACAGAUGUGGCUGCUCGUGGUCUGGACAUUCCGCACAUCCGCAACGUGGUCAACUAUGAUAUUGCACGGGACAUUGAUACGCACACGCAUCGCAUUGGACGCACAGGCCGUGCCGGGGAAAAGGGCAAUGCGUAUACGCUGGUGACGGACAAGGAUAAGGAAUUUGCGGGUCAUUUGGUGCGCAAUCUGGAGGGCGCCGAUCAGGAGGUGCCCGACGAUCUCAUGGAGCUGGCUAUGAAGAGCUCCUGGUUUCGCAGCUCCCGCUUCAAGCAGAGCAAGGCACGCAAGCCGGCAAAUAAUUUCAUGGGAUUGGGUUACCGUGAGCGGCCUGGAAGCGGAGGAAGUGGAAGUGGAAGCGGUGGCUCUAGUGGAUCUAUUGGCAAGAGCAAGGGACCAGCGCCGGAGCCAAGCAGCAAAUCGUUGUCGGGCGCCGGACCCGCAACCGAUCGCUAUUCAGCAAUGCGUCAAGCUUUCCGGUCGCAGUACAAUUCACAGUUUCGUGCUUCCAGCGAUCGCACCUGGGAGCAAACGGUGCCAGAGACGGGUGUCUUUGCAGCGCCACCUCCGCCACCACCACCAGCAGCAGUGCCCGCAGCAACAGGAACGGGAGCGUCAAGUCAGGACCCGAAGCGUGCCAAGAAAAGUCGCUGGAACUGAGGGAGAGAAGAAGAGGAGAAGCAUACAAACGAGAGGAAUCAAUCCCAAUGCCACAACCAGUCCAAGCUCAUCUUUCAUUUCAAUAUUAUUUAAUGUGUAUUGCUUUUCUUUCACCAUUUAAAAGUACUACCUAACGACUAGCAUUAAUAUAUAAAAUUAUAUAUUAUAUUUAUCCAUUGUAUACUACUGUCAGCAAAAAGUCUCGAUACUGUGGCUAUAACUCAAAAUCUUUAUAGGUGUUCUGAAUUAGUUUCAUUUUCAUUAAAGUAGUUCUCCACUCAUUAUUAAUCACUUUUGAUAAAUAUGCUAGAAAAACGUUCUGUUUCCUCACUUAUUCAACAUUUGCAAAACGUAGUUCGACACAAAGUUUUCAAGCUAGAAGGUGUAACUCUUGUUCCAGAAGGAUUUGGGUCUAUUUUUUUCCUAAUUUGAUAAAUACCGAAAGAUCAUCAUCCGUUUUGCUCACAAUCGACAUUUGGUGACUCAGAUAUUUAAGGUAAAUCUUGCUGUCAAAGGAUUUUUACAGAUUUUAGAAUUGCGGAAGCAAUGAAAAAUCCAAUGAUAAGAUUUUCAAACUUCUCUUCAUCUAGUUUAUACCAAUGGUCAUCCGUCGGUUUCUCGAAUUUAAUCUUUUCUACUACUUUACUUUCCACUUUACAAAAUUUUAUUCGGCACACUUAACGCUUGUUGCGAAACAAUUAUUUUUUAUCUGUUUACAAAAGGAUGCUUAUCUUAAAAAUUAAUGCAUAAUCAAAUAAAAUAAUUUUUUGAGUUCAGAAUUCCGUCAAAAUAAAUAUGUCAAAGAUCCAAAACAUUUUGCCCGCAAUAGUAAAUGUGUAAUAAGCAUUGCUUUGUGUAUCUUUUUGAUGCAUUUUUACGGGUGUCAAAUAAGGCACAAUACUUAUUGUGCGAGUCUGUAAAGCAUUGUCUAGAGAUAUGUAUAUAAAUGUAUACAUAUGUGUGCUAAUUACUCUUAUAUACACACUCUAUUCUUUCAUCCACGUGUAGCCAAUGGCAACUCAAUAAAAUUGUAUUUAAUUGUAAUUGUAUCUUUGUAUUUUAAAGGAAAGAAAUCUUCGAAUUUGAAAAUUUUUAAAAGUAGUCUCAGCUCAUUUGGUUUUUUGAAGCCGCAGAUAUCUAGAAGCUUUUACAGAUGAACCUCAUAUCGUAUAUGUAGGUAUGAAGUUCAUGAUCUAGGAGGAAAGAAAAAAAAAGUGGAAAGAAAUAUAUCGAAAUGAAAAUGAAAAUCCAAACCAAUCAAAAUAAAUCCCAAACCCAAUUGAAGUUAUUGCUUGAUUUCAAUAUUAUUUAAUGUGUAUUUGCUUUUCUUUCAUCAUUUUAAAAUUACAACUUAACAACUAGCAUUAAUAUAAUCAUAUAUAAUAUAUAUAUAUAUCCAUUAUAUAUUCAUAUAUGUUAUGUUAGGUAAAUACUCGUAUAUACACACUCCGUUCUCUCAUUCACGCUCAGCCAAUGGCGAUUCAAUAAAAAUGUCAUUAAUUAUAA